AUGGCCGACGACGACAUCACCCUCACAAUUAUGCUACCACGGUCUGGUCUGAAGAUUUGGGACCGGACCGGACCAUGUGUGCUUGAUGGGAACUAUCCUCUAGAUGCCGGAGCUGAACGAUUGACGAUAGCAUGGAAAGCGGCUGUUAGAAAGUUGAUUGAUGAACGAGAUGGCGUGGAGAUCAACGACGACUCGAAUGCGGCUUUCAGAGACCUGCUCGACAGUGCCGGCUCUUCUAAAUACGUGCCGCAAGACGUUCCAGAUGUGGGCGAACAUCGGCUCUUAAGUAGCACACUUGCUCCAAAUGAGAGUGACGGCCCUGAAGAUACCGAGGAAUGGAAUCUUUUCAAUGAGUACCAAGUUGUGGUAGACGAUGACCAAAAGAGUUUGGAAAACCGGCACAAUCUGGGCAUGACAUUAUUUAUGUGGAGAGAUCAUGUUGUGCUUGCUACUUCUAACAGAAAGGGACAAGGGGCGGAUAGAGGAGGAGCUUACCCCGAAAGCCAUCCGAGCAAUUAA